AUGAUGAGCACGCCACAAGGCGUAGAAUACGCCUCCACUUUCUCCAGGUACCUAACCAUAGAAGAAGCUACAAACCGAACCGCGGCAGCCAUCGCUGAAACUUUUAGAUACCCGGUGGUAGACGGCAUAUUUUUGACGAACGCAACCCUUCCUCUCGGUCCAACAGCACCAAGAUUCAAUAUACCCAUAAUGUCUGGAAUUAUGCGUGACGACGGAUCAUCUUUCACCUCGUAUCCUACUUGGUCUAAUGUAUCUGCUGUACUAUCCUCGCAAGGCUUUCCUGCCUCGGCUAUCCUUUCUUCGAACUCGUUCCCGUUCCCUGAAGGUGCGAAUAGCACUCUACGCAUCUUCAAUCUUACGUCCCGGGUAGCCACGGAUGUGAUGUUCAGGUGUCUAGCCCAAAGCACAGCGUAUACUGCUGCAAAGAACGCGGUGUUCAAGAGUGUGUAUAGCUACGAGUUUGAUAGGGCAUAUCAGAUUGAAGCCUGGAGUCCAAAUCCUCCAGCCUGUGGAGCGUCAGUCACAGAAGUGUAUCCAUUUGGUGAUCCUCAUGCGCCUUGUGGAUUAUCCAGCUCUAGGAUUUACAAACGCCAUUCCGGCGAGCUGCUUUCCGUCUUCGGCGUCACUAUCCCUCAAGGGCGGCCGCUGCGGAACGACGACGACAUCCCAUUCUGCCAGUUCAUUGUAGACACCUGGACGGCUUUUGCACGAACGGGUAAUCCGACGUCUGACGAAACGUUCUUGACGGCACUAGGUUUUACGAACACAAGCAAGAUGGUGAAGACUACGGGUAUCUGGGAACCGGUCAAUGCGGCGAAGCCAAUGCUGAAGGUGUUGGAUGUACGAGGAAGAGGUAAAAUGGAGGAAUUUAGAGAAGGAGCACAAUGCGAAGUGCUUGGGCAGAGGUUGUAUUAUUACGAUUCAUAA